UGAUCGAAGUCAGUAGAAACAGACCAAAAACGUGGGUAUCAAGAAUUGGUACAGAGCGCAGAUGCUAUAAAGGGAACUUUCUUCUUUCCUUUCAUGAAAUAAAAUUAGAAAAAACGCCAACGGUUAUGAUAAAACCAGACCCAAAAUUUUAUAGUUAAUCAAAAACAAAAAUCCCAAUCUUAAUUUGUUAUUCUCUCCUUGGUUUCUUCUCCAUCGUCAGAUCCUCUAUCACUCAUUCUCCCAAAUAAAAACAAAUCCUACUAACCAUCUCCACCAAUCCCCUCUUCUCGCGCCAAAUACAAAAAAAAAAAAAAAUUUGUUCCUUCCUUUUCCUCUCUCAGUGAUUUAGAUCUUUUGGGGGCAUGGCAGACGGUAUGGCAGGGGGGCCAACUAGUCCAGCAGGAGGGAGUCAUGAGAGUGGAGGAGAGCAAAGCAGUCCUCACUCAAAUCUGAGGGAACAAGACCGUUACCUUCCAAUUGCUAAUAUAAGUAGAAUCAUGAAGAAAGCAUUGCCUGCUAAUGGGAAAAUUGCUAAGGAUGCUAAAGACACUGUCCAAGAAUGUGUUUCUGAGUUCAUCAGCUUCAUCACUAGCGAGGCUAGUGAUAAAUGCCAGAAAGAGAAGAGGAAGACCAUUCAUGGAAAUGAUUUAUUGUGGGCGAUGGCAACGUUAGGGUUUGAAGACUAUAUUGAGCCACUUAAAACAUACCUGGCAAGGUACAGGGAGAUGGAGGCACAUGGACAGCAUGUGAUUGCUCCCUCCGUGCAAGGCAAUGAGUAGCUGAUCCUAGUUUCCUCCACCAAUUUUACGAGUAUUAGGGCUGGUUAAAUUGUUUAAUUCAACUUCUAUAGGAUCUUUCAUGUGGAUUAAUCUUACUUAUGCAAAGCUACAUACCUUGGGGAUUUUUCGGUUAGCUUGUUUUUAAGGUAAUUUGGAGCUGUAAAAGUCUCUUUAAGUGCUGUAAAUUUGGCUAUUUAUCUAAUACAUGGUAUAUCGCUUUGUGCAUUUGAAAAAAGAUUGGUAUCGAAGAUUGAAUGUUAUAUU